AUGCGAUCUCUGCUCUCAUCCCUGCUGGCCUUCCUCUCACUCUCUGCCUCAAAGCCCAACUUUGGCUUCGAACCCCAUAACGCUACCAUUGAUGCAGUUCAUGCAGCUUUGUUCUCGGGGAGAGCAACAUGUCGGGAUAUCGUCUCCCUCUUCAUCUCCCAGAUAGAAACCUACAACCCCCAAGUGAACGCCAUCAUCACCCUCAACCCCACCGCAUUAGACACCGCCGACGCGCUGGAUGCCAUUCUACGAGGGAAAAGGAUUGAAAAUGGGGAUUUCAUGAUACCUACAGGCGCUCACAAUGCCACCAUUCCUACCUCCUCCACCUCCUCCUCCUCCGCGGCCGCUGCGGCCGGCCUGCCACCCCUCUUUUGCAUCCCGAUGUUAGUCAAGGACAACAUCAACACAUUCGACAUGCCCACGACCGGUGGCUCCCUUGCCCUUUCCGCUCUCCAUCCCAACCGCGACGCACCCGUCCUCUCGCACCUGCGACGGGCCGGCGCAAUCCUCCUCGCCAAGACAAACCUGCACGAACUCGCCCUCGAAGGUAUCUCCGUCUCCUCGCUGGGCGGGCAGACGCUGAAUCCCUAUGAUCUAUCACGCACGCCGGGUGGCAGUUCGGGCGGGACAGGCGCGGGGUUGGCGGCGGGGUUUGGCGUGCUGGGACUGGGGACAGAUACAAUGAAUUCCGUAAGAAGCCCGGCCAGUGCGUGUGGAGUGGUGGGCAUGAGGCCUGGCUGGGGACUUGUAGAUACCCAAGGUGUUAUGCCAGCGUCAUUCAGCCAGGAUGUCGUAGGACCGAUGACGAGAGGGGUUCGGGAUGCUGCAACCUUGCUGAGUGUGAUGGAGGGCGGAGGUGUCGAUCACUUGUCUGCGUCAUUGGACGUGGAUGAGGGAAGAACGGAUGGGAAGUGGCUGCAGGGCAUGCGAUUCGGCGUGGUGGAAACGUUCUUCAAUCGCACGGCCUCUGCAUCUUCCGAUCCGGACGUCUCUGCCGUCAACACAGUCAUCGAAUCCGCCCUUCGCAAGCUCCACGACGCGGGCGCAACUCUCAUCCCUAUCACCAACUCACUCUACAACUCCACAGACAUCCACGCAACCAUGGACCUCCAGAUCUACGAAUUCCAAACCGCUAUGGACUCCUACCUCUCUUCCCACCAGCGCACCACCUCUCCAAACAUACCCGCCUCCCUCUCUGCCCUCUACGCCCCCGGAUCCCCUUUCCUCCUCCUCCCAAACCAAUACCCCCAAAUAGCCCACUCCCUCCACUCCUCUCCGCAAAACAUCUCCUACAUAGCCCGUAAACAGCGCAUAUCCUCUCUUCGUUCUGCCAUCCGGUCUACUUUCUCCACUUUCUCCCUGCAUGCACUCAUAUACCCACACCAAACCACCCUCGCCGUCCCGCUCGGUUCUCCCUCCCAGCGUGGGAGGAAUGGCAUACUUGCUGCGGUGACGGGGUUUCCUGCCAUUGCUUUGCCUGCCGGGUAUUCGCCGCCGAGUGAGAAUGCCAAGGAAGGGGUGCCCGUUGGGAUGGAGAUUCUGGGUCUGCAGGGAGACGAAGGGAGGUUGUUGGAGCUGGCGGAGAGAAUGGAGGGGGUGCUCGGUGCAGGAGGGAGGGUGCCUCCGGUGUUAAAAAGAAAGACGGUAAGGGAGUGGAAGAGGCAUGUGGGAGUUCCGGAGGUUGUGCCUGAUAGGAAGAAUAUUCCAAAGGAGUAUCCCCUUGGAAUCAGGUAGGCAUGAUCAAAAUUUUCAUAAUAUCUCUUGAGAAGGCGGUUGAUGUGCAUUGGACAUCGAACUAUGUAUUGAAAUGGUUUUUGAAUAUCGAUGAUAUGAAGCAAUGUUCGGAUCUCCUGCGAUAUGAAAC